GAAAAAGUCGUUCUUAUUUUUGCUUCCGACUCCUUCUUGGAUAGUUUGAUUAAAUGUAAAUGGGCAGAUAUAUUUUGUAUUUUUCGGCUAGUUAUUAUACCAUUAAAACUGUCGCUUUAUAUUUUCAUUAGUUGUGGCGUGUUCUGAGCAUAGACUGGGUUGGGUCAGUAGUUCCGCUUCCCCUGCGCCAUUGCGGAUCUACUACCCCGGUCCAAGAAGAUUAAAGAAUAAAGGGAACGUAAGCAAAAUAUCCCAUAUCAAGUUGUGUAAGAAGUAAUAUAAGUAUUGUAAUAAGUCAUUGGACAGGUGUUAAGAGUGGCCAAAUUGUUUAACGGCUCUGGGAAGGCGAGCAAAGUUUUGUGGAAGUUUCACAGCGCGAGUUUCGCUGAAAGCGCUCGGCCAGAGAGGAGUGGAACGUUCCGGAACCGGCUGCGGGGCGUCAGGGUGAGACGCCGUGAGCGCGGACCUCUGCUGAAAGGUAGGUGUCUGCGCCUGUGUCUCGUUCCCCUGUCCCCACCCCUGUCAUGUCCGAUAACGGAGAGCUGGAGGACAAGCCGCCCGCCCCACCCGUCAGAAUGAGCAGCACCAUCUUCAGCACCGGCAGCAAGGACACCAUGUCGGCCAAUCACAGCUCAAAGCCCCUGCCCUCAGUGCCCGAGGAGAGGAAACCCCGCAACAAGAUCAUCUCCAUCUUCUCUGGAGCAGAGAAAGGCGGCAGAAAGAAGGACAAGGACAAGGAGCGCCCCGAGAUCUCGCCCCCCUCGGACUUCGAGCACACCAUCCAUGUGGGCUUCGACGCCGUCACGGGGGAGUUCACCGGCAUGCCGGAGCAGUGGGCACGGCUGCUGCAGACCUCCAACAUCACCAAGUCGGAGCAGAAGAAGAACCCGCAGGCCGUGCUGGACGUCCUCAAAUUCUACGACUCCACGGGGAACAGCAGGCAGAAAUACCUCAGCUUCUCCUCAGAAAAAGAUGGCUUCCCAUCAGGAGCACAACCUCCUGCCAAGAAGGGCACGGAACCCCUGUCCCCAAACAUCAAGGACAUCGACGACGAUGACGACGAGGAGGCCCCGCCCCCCAUCGUGGCGCCCCGCCCGGAGCACACCAAAUCUGUGUACACCCGCUCCGUCAUCGACCCUCUCCCCCCGCCCGCCACCAGCCCGGAUGGAGACUCCGCCUCCAAAGCCGCCGACAGACAGAAGAAGAAGGGCAAGAUGACGGACGAGGAGAUCAUGGACAAAUUGAGAACCAUCGUCAGUAUCGGAGAUCCCAAGAAGAAGUACACGCGAUACGAGAAGAUCGGACAGGGGGCCUCGGGAACAGUGUUCACCGCCAUCGAUGUGGCUACAGGACAGGAGGUGGCCAUCAAACAGAUCAAUCUGCAGAAGCAGCCAAAGAAGGAGCUGAUCAUUAACGAGAUCCUGGUGAUGAAAGAGUUAAAGAACCCCAACAUUGUGAACUUCCUGGACAGCUUCCUGGUGGGGGAGGAGCUUUUUGUGGUGAUGGAGUACCUGGCGGGCGGUUCCCUGACGGACGUGGUGACGGAGACCUGCAUGGACGAGGCUCAGAUCGCCGCCGUCUGUAGAGAAUGUUUACAGGCACUGGAGUUCCUUCAUGCCAACCAGGUCAUCCAUCGAGACAUCAAGAGUGACAAUGUGCUGCUGGGAAUGGAUGGCUCUGUGAAACUCACUGAUUUUGGGUUCUGCGCCCAGAUCACCCCCGAGCAGAGCAAGCGCAGCACCAUGGUGGGCACGCCCUACUGGAUGGCCCCCGAGGUGGUGACCCGCAAGGCCUACGGGCCCAAGGUGGACAUCUGGUCCCUGGGCAUCAUGGCCAUCGAGAUGGUAGAGGGGGAGCCCCCCUACCUCAAUGAGAACCCCCUGAGGGCGCUGUACCUGAUCGCCACCAACGGCACCCCGGAGCUCCAGAACCCGGAGAAGCUGUCGCCCAUCUUCCGCGACUUCCUCAACCGCUGCCUGGAGAUGGACGUGGAGAAGAGAGGCGGGGGCAAGGAGCUGCUGCAGCACCCCUUCCUGAAGCUGGCCAAGCCCCUCUCCAGCCUCACCCCCCUCAUCCUGGCCGCCAAGGAGGCCAUGAAGAGCAACCGCUAGUGGAGUCCUGCCCCGGCCCGCCCCCACCCCCGAGCUGUGCCAGUCCCUCCGUGCCAUUCGCCCGCAGUACCCCGUCUCCGCGCCACCCGCCAAGACCAAAACGCACCGCUCUGCCCGGCCACCGGGGGGGGCAGGGCACCACCACCACCACCACCACCGGCCUUACGAACAGACGUCAGCCUGGAGUCGCCUAGCGGUUAAAAAAGAAGCUGGGACUGAAUUAAGACAGACAUUGCUGUCCCGCAAACAGAGAUGAGGAGGAGAACUUCACUGUAGAUUGCCUUGAGCUGAUGAGAAUUAGCGACCGCUUUCGCUGUCGAUUUAGCGAGUUGAUUUGUGUUCUUCGGGCUUCGUUUCCUCCCAUCUUUCCUGAGCUUUCAGCUCCGCCUCCACUUCGGUAUUGCCGUACUUGAACUCAUUCUCAUAACCUCCCCCUCCCCUUCCCCCAAUACCUCUGUUUCUAAAGCAACGCAAUCCUGGAAAUCACGGAACCGGAUUCCUUUUUGUAUUGUGUCGUGUCGGAGAGGUUUUCUAGAGAUGACCUGAACGGGCACCGUCAGAUGACGGCGACCUCUAGUGGCGAAACAUCUCAUUACCGCAGGAGAUGAGUUCGUCAAGGGAAGGGACACUACUAUUUUUAGGGCUGCUGCUUCCUUUUGCAAAAAAAAAAACGAGAUCAUUUUCAUUGCAGGGCUCAUUAAAUAAGUAUUUCCAAAACAUUUCAGAUGAUUUGAAUAAUAUAUGCCGUAUUUAAGUACAAAUAAAUGCAUCUCAACAGCAAGGUCUUCAUCAGAUAGGGAGACGUAAGGUCUGAAAUCACUUCAAGGCGUCUUGAGUGCACUGUGACCGGACACGAAGAGAUUUCAUUUUCUGCAUACAUUUCAGCGCAAGGAGCGUCGAGGAUAAUUUUUGUACCUAGAGUAACAAAAAAUUAACAUUGCAGUAUUGUUUUGGAUCAUACGUUGACCGUUUUAAGCAGGUUGAUUCUCUCAAUUUCAGUUCCAGACAGUUGUAUUGAAACGUUUCAGAAGGCCCGGCCGUCGGGCUUGAAGUGUGGUCAGUUUCUCAGUCGGGCUCUUCUCUGCCGUUAAAACCCGCGGCCUCUGCUCGGACUUCCUGGUUUUGCGGGUUGCCACGGGAUACACGGGCCCGGCGAAUGCUUGUGAGCGACAGGGUGUUAUACUUUCUCUUUUCUCCUGCUUUUCUAAGAAAAAAAAAAAAAAAAAACUAAACUAACCGUUUACUGUAUGAGAUGAGCUAUGUCUUUAUUUACUACACAGGGACUUAGGUAGCUAAACUUAAAAAUGAAAAAAAAAUUGUUUUGUAUAUUGUGUACUUUUAAGGAGAAAAGCGGAAGCCGCUGGUUUAGAGAUCAGGCCAUGUGUUGACUAGCUGUUGUAUAUGUAUAUGUAAACUUUUUGUUUUUGUUUUUAAUAACUAACAAUCUGACGGUCUGGCACAGGUUAAAGUCUUUGCAGAUGUGAGAAAUGACCGCUCUGCGUCCGUGUCUGUUGACUCGUGUUCCUUGCUGCAAGCGAAAGCCUCCUCCCUGCAAAAAGAAAAUCAAACGAUGCAAACUUUUGAAUGAAAAUAUGUAUUUUUAUUUCUCCCUUGUUAAAUUAAACAUGACUAUAUCAAUCUAAAAUAUAUCGAAAGCCAAGUGGCGUUUCAAAAGAUG